AUGUUCCGAUUCAUCUUUGUUCUGACUCUGGCAGUUAUCGUCGCUGCUAAGAUUCACGAAGAACAUUACGCUCACCCGAAGUAUAAAUUUGAAUAUGGAGUGAAAGAUUUCCACACCGGUGAUAACAAGGAUCAGUGGGAGCAUCGGGAUGGGGAUGUAGUCAAAGGCCAGUACACCGUGUACGAGUCGGAUGGUACCAAAAGAAUCGUGGAGUACAGUUCCGACAAGCAUCAUGGAUUCCAGGCUCACGUGAAACGAGUGGGACAUGCCGAACAUCCGAAAAUCUACGGUCACCAGGAAGAUGGUCAUGCCCAUCAAACCGUGGAAAAUCAUGAUCACAGUCAUGCCAGUAGCUAUGCUAAUCUAUAUCAGCAUCAUCUAUGA